AUGUGGAAACCUGUCGCGGAGUCUCUUAUCGGGUUCGCGGACCUGACCGGCCUCCAUGCCUACAACGGUCUAACUGCAAUUGCCCGCACUUCCUCAAACAUGGAGGACUUUUACACUCAUAUUGAGGGGAUCUCUCGCGAAUCGUCGCACGUGGAGAUAUUCUACGUUGGAACCAACGGCAACUUCAAUCCACUCCGACAACACCAAUUCCGCUCUGGCAUGACGGUUCUCGCGCGAAGCAACUUCCGCAAGAACAUCUUCUACAUUGGAAACGAUAACAGGGUGUACCAGGGCUACUGGAAAGUUGAACAGCCCACAAUCUGGAGGUUCGAGAAGCUGUCGGACUUUACUGCUGCCCCGGGAUCAUUGAAGGUCGUCUCCAUGAACAGCUAG